GGAGCCGGCGGCGGCCGCGAUGUGAGCCGGGGAGGCGGAAGGCGCUGCCCGCAUGGCCGCGGGGGGCGGCGGCAGGAAUGUGCCCCCAGGCAGCGGCCCCCGCGACGGCAUGAGGCGGGAUGGCGGCACCGAGCCCUACUGGUCCAGGUUUCCAAUGGCUCCAUUAUCACACAUCUCCUCCAAGAGCAGCACUUGGGGAUUUCUGUUUGGGGCUUGAAAAAGCCCUCAUGCUUAUGUAGCACAUCUGGACAGAGAGCAUUUCUUAAUGAUGAUCCUAACAUGCCAAAGCAGGACCCCUCGGGCAAUGGAUGUGUUUAAGCAUCUCUGGUUUAACUGAGGGAAGACCAAAGCAGUGAAAAGAGAAAUCAGUUGCUGAAGGCUGAACAAAAAACCACCAGCAGAUCCAGCACUGGAUGUGGGGCUCACAUUUUGGAUGGUGCCUCCAGGAGAGAAAUGCAGCUGUGAAAAACUCACUGUGCCCUGGGAAAGCAAAUGACUCCUGAAGCCACUCUGCAUCUCCCAGCCUCUGGCUACACCUGAAGACAAGGGUGAUUAUAAAAGUUUCUUUGAGCUCCAAAGAUAAAAGGAGUCCUACCCGGCCACAGGCUGAUCUCCAGUCACCUGAUCUUUGCCCAGAGACAACAGUCAGUUGUUUUUUCUGAGUUCUGUGCCCUCAUCUUUUGUCAACAUGAUGUUGCAGCUUUAGUUGGUUAUUUGGGGUAUUUUGAGGGUGUUUUUCAUGGUUGGUAUUUUUGUUUUACAAGUUCCUCACCCUGGGUUUAAUAGUGACCUUGCUGAGAACUUUUUUCACAUGGAAAACAUAAGCAGGGCACACAUUUCUUUCCUGGCUGAUCCAUCUAUGCCCUCAGAUCAGUGUGCAAAGCAUGCCUCUGCUUUAUUAUUAUGUUUUCUCACCACCUCCACCUGGACUCAACAACUACUUCCAGCUCAUAUGAGCUGCUGAAAUUUAAUUUCAUCUUUGCUUUUGCCGAAAGCAAGAAAUGAAGAGAGGGAAUAAACCCAGAGCUCGUUUGCUGAACACCACUUUGUUGCCAUCUGCAGCUCUGUGGAGGGAGCUUGAGCACAGGAGGCAGACAGGAAGCCAGCAGCUUUCCCAGGAAAAAAAGCCCUGUGUCCUCUGUGCUGCUCUUGUUGGCUGCUAGCUGGAUUGGGAAAAAAAAUCCAACAACUCUCCUCUAAACCCCAAAGCUAGUUUUGACAGCGACAAAUCAUUAGCUUGGUGCUGGUCUACAGCAUGAUAAAAUCUUCUUAGGAGGGGGGGAAAUUACUCCAAGCCUCUCUCUUGACAAGCAUGUUAGAUUUUGAAGGAGAAAUUAUUGAGAAAAACAAAGAAUGAGAAGUGAAAGGACUGUCAAACAGGGUAACAAAUAACAGCCUGGGUAUUAUCUCCUGGCACAGGGGUGUCUGCAUGGCUGCUGUGCUGGUGCCACGUCAGUCAGUCCUGCUUGUGGUGGAGAUUAUUGUAAAUUAAAGCUAUAGACAGGCCUGAAUCCCGCGUGUGGACAGCGAUGCUGCUGCUGGGGACGUGCCUGCUGUACUGUGCCCGUGUCACCGUGCCCAUCUGCGCCGUGGCCCUCAGCUCCUACUUCGACUGGGACAAGAAGCAGUUUGGUGUCGUGCUCAGCAGCUUCUUCUGGGGCUACUGCUUGACACAGAUUGUUGGAGGACACAUCAGUGAUCAAAUAGGAGGUGAGAAAGUCCUCCUCCUUUCAGCAUCAGCCUGGGGGUUCCUCACAGUCCUCACCCCGCUGCUCACCCGCAUCACUUCAGCCCAUCUGGUUUUUAUGACCUCCUCCAGGUUCCUCAUGGGGCUGCUGCAAGGGGUGUAUUUCCCAUCCCUGGCCAGCCUGCUGUCCCAGAGGGUCCGGGAGAGCGAGCGAGCCUUCACCUACAGCACAGUGGGGACUGGAUCACAGUUUGGAACGCUGCUGAUUGGUGGUGCAGGAUCUCUCCUCCUGGAUUGGUACGGCUGGGAAAGUGUUUUCUACUUCUCUGGUUUGCUCACUUUGCUCUGGGUUUAUUGCACCUGCAAAUACCUCCUGAGUGAGAAAGAACUCACCAUCCCCAUGAACUAUUUAACGAGAGGCCUCUCAGCACCCAGGCAGACCAAAGUUCCCUGGAAGCAGCUGUUCAGGAAGGCACCGAUCUGGGCUGUCAUCAUCGCUCAGCUCUCCACGGCCAGCACCUUCUUCACUCUGCUCUCCUGGCUGCCCACUUUCUUCAAGGAAACUUUUCCCGACUCCAAGGGUUGGGUGUUUAAUGUAGUCCCCUGGCUGGUUGCAAUUCCUACGAGCUUGUUCAGUGGAUUUCUGUCUGACCAUUUAAUUAGUCAAGGGUACAGAACCAUCACCAUUCGUAAGUUCAUGCAGGUCAUUGGCUCUGGUGUCUCAAGCAUUUUUGCUUUGUGCCUGGGCCAGACCUCCAGUUUCUGCAAAGCAAUAGUGUUUGCCUCAGCCUCUGUUGGACUGCAGACCUUUAACCACAGUGGCAUCUCAGUAAACGUGCAGGACCUGGCCCCCUCGUGUGCUGGCUUGCUCUUUGGGGUUGCAAAUACAGGUGGAGCCCUCCUAGGUGUGAUUUGUGUGUACCUGGCUGGAUACCUGAUUGAGACCACUGGCUCCUGGAUUUCUGUUUUCAACCUGGUGGCUGCUGUGAACAGCAUUGGGCUCUGCACAUUCCUCCUGUUUGGAGAGGCCCAGAGGGUGGACACAGACUCUGUGUAUGUGGAUCUUUAGAGAUGAGCCCAAGAAGCAGCUGAAGGACAGGAGAGUGUCACAUCUAUGGAUCAUUCUUGCACAAGUGCCAAAGAACAUUUUACUUUUUUUUUUUUUUUUUUUUUUUAGGUGUUUUAAUGGGAAAAAAUAUGCUGAAACCAAGUACAUAAUGGGUCUGGAUGAAACCCAUGGGAGAAAAGAAAUGUAGAGUUCAUUUUUUUGCUCAGGGCUGUAGCUGGUGGCUUGCAGAGCCAUCCAGCUCAACAUCUCCAGUGAGGAUAUGGUCUGUGGGACCAGUUUGUCCCAGUUUGUGUCUCGUGGACAAAUAUCCUUGUGGCCAAAGCAGCUGACCUGGCCUGUCUCCCAAGGCUGCUGUGGUUCCAUGCCCUCGUGAGGAGAGCUGCUUCUCCAUGUGGGAGUGGGGCUGCCCUGCUCUGCUGUCCUGGCACCACCUGGCUCUGGGGCUGCUGUGCCACCAGGUGUCCUGUGGGCUGUGACAGGGACAGCCCAGUGAGUACCUCUGCCCUUAACCCCCACGUGUGCCUUCGUUCUGCAGCAGGUACCAGCCAGGUUUGCAGGGCUGUGAGGUGAAUUCCAGGCUUCCCCUUGGGAGCUGUGUGUCUGCCCAGGAGCCAUGGCCAUGGGGCUGGGUCAGCACUGCUGUCACAGAGCUGGGAGAGGGCUCCAAGCCAAGCCUGGCUUUGCUCAAGGGCCCAAGGUGUCCCUUCUCUCCCUGGUGGCUUCACCCCAGCCCUGAGCCCAGGUGGAGCAGCUCCACCAUGAGAGCAGAGCUGAGCUGUCCCCUGGAGUCAGGCUUAGCUGGGCUGACCCAGCAGUGCAGCAGCAGCUGAGGAAUCCCUCUGGAGCUGCUUUGAGAGAUGCUGUGAAUGUAUGGGAAGAACUGGUCACACUGUGCUGUGGAUCUACAAGUCCCAAAUGCUUUCUGCAUGAUUAGACAUGUCCUCCACGUGCUCUCAAAGCACUGAGGGAGACUUUCCAAAGAGCUUGGCAUGGGCAGGUUUUGUUUCUGUGUUAAGCAAAAAUCAAAUUUCUGCAUUGGGCAUCCAGAGGGAUGUGGAUCCCUGUGGUUCCCUGUGUCAGAGGGAAAUACUUGGCUGUAGACACCUCUGAGCUUGAAUGUCUUAAAGUUAUUUAUAAAUAUUUUAAAAUUUAAGCACCAAAUCAUGAAUUUUAUGUACUUGAGGCCUGAUUCUGCAUGCUUGUUUUGAGUGGUACUCCCACCAAAUCCAGCACUGUUUCUCAAAGGGGAGGAUCUACCAGCCUCCAGUGUUUGGUUCUGUGGGAUCAGUUUUAAAGGUGAAUUUCAUAUUAAAGAAAUUCAUUGCUUCUCCUCCAAUCCCCUGAUUGCAGCCUGAAAGGAUCUCUUGGGUUUCUCUAGUGCUUACCAGAAAACUCAGGCUUAGGAGCAGGUUUCCCAAGGACCUUGCAGGGCAGGAAAGCUGUAGAUUCAGGUGAAAAAAAAUCCUAUUAUCCUCUUCCUCACCUUUAUUUGGGCCAAAUUUCUUCUUGGAGGACAUUUUGGAGCUGUGUAAAGUUUCUGAGUGGCCUGGUUUGUAGAGAAAACACUGCCAGCCUUUUAACUGCAGAGACACUAAUGGGCAUCACCAAUCUGAGCUGAGCCACUUGCUGGGCAGAGUUAGAGAUAAGGAUGGGACUGCCUGAUGUCUUCCCAAGAGAAUAAAGGAUCAAUGUGGCCUGAUGGGACAGAGAGACAAGAAAGUCUUUUAUUUUUCUCCUCCUGUGCUCUUUUUUCUCUAAAAGGCUGUUUGCUACCAUGGGUGCCCCUCUGAAGUGGGGUGCUGCAGAGCCAGGAAGGCUGCUGGGAAUCUUCAGUCAGUGGGUAAAUUGGGAAGAACACCCAGUAAGAAACAGCAAACACAGCCAGGCUUGCCAGAGAGGCCCGAGGCUGUGCAGCCUGUCCAUCUCUGUCAGCUUGUCCUUUGUCCAGCCUGAGCAGAUUGCUUGCAUGGCCUUUCCUUUAGUGACAGAAAAAAGAUCCCCAUGGGUUUUGUGGGGUUUUAGAGUAUCUGCCCUGGCCAUCCAGUGCUGCAGGACAGGAGCACAAGGAGUCAGUUCUGGUUCUCUUUGCUGCUUGCAGCAUUUCUUGUGGAGGAGCUGAUGGGUUUAAAUCACUCACAUUUGAAUUGGGCUGCUUGGCCACCCCUUGGACUUGCCAGCUGGGAAAUUUGGAACUGAUCUUCAGAGGAAAGUGUUUGGCUGUGCCUUCUCUGUGAAUCCAGCCACCAUUCCAGUGAGCUGUCCAAGUUCUCUGUCUCUGGGACUGGCUAAUAAGUUAAAUAUUUGACCUACACUUGAGGCUUAUGUUUCAUUCUCAUCAUACCUCUUUGGUGAAGUAUUGAAACUGCUUUAUCUGUACUGUUAUUUGUUUUAAGCCAAAGCUUGUGGUCUGCAAGUUUUUGCUAUGGAAGGACCUAAAAAGAAUAAAGGCAGAGAAUAAUUUGCAAA